AUGCAUGCAGGCACCCGUCCCACGUUGCCAAAGGUUACCGUUAAGCCCAUGUUUCCGAAACUGCCCUCAUCCUCAGUCUCACCCCCGGGUAUGACUGAAGCAGAUGUGGACAUACGCACCUUUUCACCCACGGUGCUCUCUUUCACCCCUCACCCCUAUACCGGUUACCCCUUGGAGGGGCACUCCUUCCCCUUCGACGACCUGCCACACACAAUGAUGCACUUCUGCCCUUCUUAUCGUUUUCCUCAGUACGACAGCGACUACUUUUCUCAGCAUGCCAAUACUGCAGGUGGAGGUAUCGGAAACCAUUGUGGCGGUGGCGGUGAUGUGGACGGGCUUAAUGGCACCGUCGAAUCUGGUGCCUUUGAGGUAUUCAAUUCCCAUGGGGAUGAUGGGGGGCCCCUGAACACUCGAUUCCCCGAAACACUGCAGUCAGCAGUCUGCAGUCAUAUGCAUUCCACACCCCCCUUUGAUUUAGGCCCCUAUGAUGUAAACCCUACUUCUUCUUCUGCUUCCAGUCUCGCCGACUAUCGCGUGUUUCCCCAAAGCAGCGCUCAUCCAUCCUAUAAUGCAGCAAUGGACUCACUGCCUUCCACCCUGCGCUUCGAUUACGCCUACUCGCAGUCUUCCCGACCCAGCACCACU